AUGUCGAUAGAUACAAGCAAAGUCCCCCAGUUUUUCUGCCGCCAGCCGAAAACUGUCGAACUCAUCCAAGCAGAACCACUUUUUCAAAGUCUGCCUAACUUCACUCCUCCAAAUGAUUCAAAGGAUUCACGUUGCGCCGCUUACGUUGCAAAUGGUAGAGGUUUCAUGUACACCUUGCCUGAGGGCAUCCAAAUUGUGGACACUGUGACUGGUGGUUUACUUUUCAAAAUAGAAAUCCCAGACAUCUUUGAAUUUAACGUGUCUCCAAAUGGUAAUUUCAUCACCACUUGGUCAAAACUCACAAAGGAUAAUGAUGGGAAUUACCUGAAAAACGUCAAUAUUAUAAACAUCAACUUGGAUGACCAAUCGAAUCCUUCCUACAAAAUCUUGCAUUCUUUCUUAAACAAAACUCAAAAUGGCUGGAUACCACAGUUCACCGCCGAUGAAUCCAUCGUGUCGUUUUUCAGAAACCCUUACUCAUUGAAUUUUUUCAAAAUUGCAAAGGAUAUCGUGUCGACCGAUUUUACUAAAGCUUCAUAUAUACUCGACCUUAAGGAGUUUGGUAAGAUUGAAAGUUUCCAACUUUCACCAGGUAAGGUUCCUUCGGUUGCUGUCUUUAUACCUGCAGCAAAGGGUAAUCCUGCUCAUAUCAAAGUAUUUUCAUUGCCAAAUAUGAAGAACCCCGUAUCUCAGAAACAGUUCUUUAAAGGUGAGUCGUGUAACUUCAAAUGGAAUUCUCUUGGUACGUCAUUAUUAGCUUUGGUUUCAACAGAUGUUGAUUCGACCAACAAAUCCUAUUAUGGUGAAACUCAAUUAUAUUUGCUGGAUAUUUCGGGUUUAUUUGUCCAAAAAAUUAAUUUGCCCAACGAAGGCCCAAUUCACGAAACUACAUGGUCGCCAACAUCGAGAGAAUUUGCCGUCAUUUAUGGAUUUAUGCCUGCUGUUACCACUUUUUUUGAUUCGAGGGGUAAUGCAAUCCACUCCUUACCAAAGGCAUCAAGAAAUACCAUCCUCUACUCACCUCAUGCUAAAUAUAUCUUAGUUGCAGGUUUUGGUAAUUUGCCAGGUGAUGUUGACAUAUUGGAUAGACAAAACAAGUUUAAUAAGGUCGUGUCAUUCCAAGCGUCAAACACAAGUGUUUGUAAGUGGUCACCAGAUGGUAGAUUCAUUUUAACAGCAACUACGUCACCUAGGUUGAGAGUUGAUAAUAGUGUCAAAAUUUGGUACUUCAAUGGUACUUUGGUUUAUUUCAAGUCAUUCAACGAGUUGAACAGUAUCGAUUGGAGAUACCAGCCAUUGACUGAUUUUCCGCCAAUUUCAGUUUCAAAGGCAGACAAGUUGGAUUGCGAACAACAUUCGAGUGCUUUGGAGUAUUUGUCGAAACAGUCCAAGAACACCACAAACACCGUCAAAAAGGGUGCUUACAGACCGCCACAUGCCAGAAAUUCAAAUAGUGGCACUGGCACGGGCAGAUCAUUGGCCGAUCUAGAAGAACAGAAACAAAAUGGUUAUUUGAAUAGAAGCUCUGUUGUCGGGUUGAUCGGGAAGCCACCAGUGGGCAACAACGCAGGUAGUGAAAGUAAAGCAGCUCAAAAGAAUAGAAGAAAGAGAGAGAAGAAGAAAGAAGAGGCGUCUGCUUCACCAGCAGGUAGUGCCAAUGUAGCAUCAUCCUCUUCAGCUACAAGGGGGGACAACAAGGGUGCACCGAAUGCGUCCAACGACUCCUUAGUUGUUGGUGGCGUCUUUUCCAUUGAGGAGAAGAAGAUUCGUAAUUUGUUAAAGAAGCUACGUGCCAUUGAAGCAUUGAAGGUCAAACAGGAGAACAACGAACAUUUAGAAGACACGCAGGUCCUUAAGAUCAAGACAGAGCCUACUGUACGUGCCGAGCUUGAAGCACUAGGGUGGAAAGAAGGCAACUGA